GCAAGCGAGCCAACAGUGCAUGUGCCGACGCAGUCACAGCGGCUGCCUCACACACUAAGAAAACACCAAUAAGAGAACGGAAGAGCCUUCCAAGUUCCCCGAUAGCACGGCGAGGGAGGCAUUCCGGCGCGUACCAACCCCCGAAGAACAGAAGUUGAAUGAACGUGCCGAGCCAACGGCGAGGCAGCCCGAGCUAGAAUAGAGCGUGCCGAUGAGCUUUUCGGCGCCUUCGCUCUGCCGGCGGCGGCAACGGGGCCGUCUCCUCACCCCUCUAGAAGUCGCCGUCAUUGUGUUCCUUGUCGUCCUGCUUGCGUGUGUGCCUCCGUCCGUCUCCCCAUGGAGGUUGGUGCGUGCCACGCCCUCCAGGAAUGGCGGAAAGAGCAACAACUGGGCGGUCAUCGUCUCCUCGUCACGGUACCUCUUCAACUACCGACACACCGCCAACGCGCUCACCAUGUACCACACCCUGCGCCAGCACGGCAUCGAUGACGAUCAUAUUUUGCUGUUCCUCAGCGACAGCUUCGCCUGUGAUCCCCGCAACGUGUACCCGGCGGAGAUCUUUGCCCAGCCUCCAUCUUUCACCGAGGAUGUGAACGGGCACACGGAUAUGAAUCUGUACGGCUGCAGCACGCAGGUCGACUACUCCGGCAGCGACGUCGACGUGCGGCGCUUCUUGAGUGUGCUGCAGGGCCGCUACGACGAGAACACGGCGCCCACGCGCCGCCUGCUGUCGGAUGAAAACUCAAACAUCGUUAUUUACAUCGCCGGCCACGGGGCGAAGUCGUACUUUAAGUUUCAAGACGUCGAGUUCCUGAGCUCGGCGGACAUCGCGGAGACGCUCACGAUGAUGCACCAGCAGCGCCGCUACGGCCGUGUCGUGGUGCUCGCGGACACCUGCCACGCCAUUGCCUUGUGUGAGCACAUCACGGCACCAAACGUGAUCUGCCUGGCCGCCUCCGGUGCCGAGGCGGAGAGCUUCUCCGACCAGUACGAGGCAGCCCUCGGCGUCCACCUCAUCUCCUACUGGAUGAACGAGAUGUACUCCUUGUUGAACGGUACGAGCUGCAGCGACCCGACGGUGAAGCGGUACAAGCAGGAGCGCGUGUCGCCGCUGCAUCAGUCCUGGCAUGACUUCAACUACCACCCAAAGCGGACGGAAAUUAGCCGCGGUCACGCCGAUGCCGCCCACCGCGAUGCCGUCAAUUUGCCGGGGGCCAUCAAGAGCUGGAAGGUGGCGGACUUCGUCUGUGGCGAAGAACCGGUGGCGGAGUCAGUGGAGGUGCAUUAUGACCUGGAUUGA